AUGAAACAUUCAGUUAAUUUAGGCAAAGCUAAGUUGAAUAUUUUCGUUUUUUUUAAAACUCUCUUGCCCCUCUCUCUCUUGCCUCUCUCUCUCUCUCUCUUUUUCUCUCUUUCAUUUAGUCGGAUCGAUCGUUUUCUCAGUUUCUGUCAUUCUUCCUCCCUAUUCAGUUUCUUUCUUUCUUUCUUUCUUUCUUUCUUUCUUUCUUUUCCCCCAUUGUCUGCUCUCUAUGUUUACGUCUUUCUGUCCGUAUUCUUCCUCAUUUUCUACUGCAUUGUCCUCUUCCAAACUCUUUUUGUCUGUUGUCCUUCUUGUUCUCUUUUUAUUUCUUUAUCUUUUGAAUACAUUUUUCUCUUUUUUAUUUCACUCUCUCAUUCUUUUUACCGCAUUUUCCCCCUUUCCUUAUUUUAUUCUCACUUCAUGCGCUAUUCACUCUCCAAUUUCAAAAUCUCUUUUUUCUUCUCCUUUAUUCCCUUCUUCCUUUUCUGUGUAACGCUUUUCUAUUCGUUUCUUCAUUCUUUCUACUUCUCUCGUUCUUUUUUUUCCCGCGCACUGUUUUCCAUUUGGCACUUUCAAAAUGACUACACAUUUCUUUUGCUCUCCUUCUUCUUUAUAUUGACCUCAUUCAAAACCCUAUUUCACUGUUUUCUUUCUCUCUUUCUCUUUAUGGCUACUUCACUUUCUUCUGACAUCUUUUUCCAGUGCUGCUUUAAUUUUCUUUCUUUUUCUUUCUUUCUUUCUUUCUUUCUUUCUUUCUUUCUUUCUUUGACACCUUUUCCCAAGCCUUUUUCUUUCGUCUCUUCUUCUAUCCUUUCAAUUGUAACUGUUCUUUCACUAAAACCUCAAUACUUUUUAUUUUUAAUUUUUCAGUAUUUUUAA